AUGACUAUGGAGAACGGCGAAAUUCCCGAAAAUGCCAAUGAGCAUUGUCCUGGUCCCCAAUCAGAGUCAGCAGGAAAAUUUGACGCUUGUGAAGGUUGUCCUAAUCAAGAAGCUUGUGCUACUGCCCCCAAAGGCCUUGACCCAGACUUGGUUGUUAUUGCAGAAAGGAUGGCUACUGUUAAGCAUAAGAUACUUGUUUUAUCAGGGAAGGGUGGAGUUGGCAAGAGCACAUUCUCUGCUCAACUGUCAUUCGCCCUAGCAGCCACGGACUUCCAGGUAGGUCUACUUGAUGUUGACAUUUGUGGCCCAAGCAUCCUAAAGAUGCUUGGCCUAGAAGGUCAAGACAUCCGCCAGAGCAACUUCGGCUGGUCUCUUGUCUAUGUUGAUUCCAAUCUUGGGGUCAUGUCAAUUAGAUUCAUGCUUCCUGAUCCUGAUGAAGCUAUCAUAUGGAGGGGUUCUCGCAAGAAUGGGCUCAUCAAGAAUUUCCUGAAGGAAGUGUAUUGGAAUGAACUUGAUUUUUUGGUUCUUGAUUCUCCUCCCGGGACCUCAGAUGAGCACAUCUCAAUUGUUCAAUGCCUUGGGGCUACUGGAAUAGAUGGUGCAAUUAUUGUCACCACUCCACAGCAAGUCUCCUUGAUUGAUGUGCGGAAAGAAAUCAAUUUAUGCAAAAAGGUUGGUGUUAAGGUUCUUGGGGUUGUUGAGAACAUGAGCGGCUUGUCCCAGCUAGUGAUGGAUUUCAAGUUUAUGAGGAUGACAGAGACAGGUGAACAUAUAGAUGUUUCGAAGUGGGUUAGGGAAUAUUUUAGAGAGAAAGCACUAGAACUUCAAGAUUUGAUUGCUUGCAGUGAAGUGUUUGAUAGUAGCAGUGGUGGUGCAGAAAAAAUGUGUAGGGAAAUGGGUGUGCCUCUUCUUGGGAAGGUGCCAUUGGAUCCACAACUUUGCAAGGCAGCUGAAGAAGGUAGAUCCUGCUUCAUUGAUCAGAAAUGCGGGGUGGGCGCUCCUGCACUGAAGACCAUCAUAGAAAAAAUGAUUGAAAAUAAUGGAUUCUUAAGAGUGUUGCUAGAUAAUGCAUAG